AUGGGGAACACCGUCUGCACGGAUGCCGUGCCCCUCUCUCUGGAAGACGUUCUGCACUCCUGUCCGAAGUCGCCGACACGCUGCGUGGCGGAGGUGUUGUCAGAUAGCGUCAUAGAAAAAUUCACGCGAUACCAGCACAACUUUAAGGCCUUCGUCGUUUGUGAGGGCGCAACAGGCGCUGCAGUGAGGCGGGUAGAUCCUUCGCAGCUUAGCGCACAACCGUUCGACCUCUCACAGGCAAAAAUUAAGUUGGAGGAAACCGCAGCAUACAUCCUUCUGCAUGUGCAGUGCACACCCAUCGCCACAGCUGGCUCUGACACUCUCAUCCCACGAGGUGAGGAGCAAUCGCAUCGGGAGUUGGAUGGGACUCAAAACAGCAGUGAAGAGGCGCCCUCAUGGUCACGCAUACUUACAGAAGUGUUUACCCCUCGGGGUUUGGCAACGGCAUUCGCGACGAAUAUUGGCAAGCCCUCACUUUUUCUUCCACCCUCUGUUUCUUUGACAGGUGGUGUCAUUAGUCCAACUACGGUGCUUCAUUCCGCCGCUGCGUCUUCGCGCCUGGAUGGAUUGGACUUUCGGUUUAGCAUUCACAUCCUUACUGGAAAGAAGGCGCAUCAAUUGGUGGCAUCCGUCGCAUUGCUCCAUGCCUUGCGUAUUGAACAGUCUUUAAUGGAGAGUGAUGAGAGCGUGCGACGGCUGUUUUUUAAUUACAGACCGUCACACGGGACACUUGACAUCAAAACAGGAUUCUCUGCGUGUGUCCCUAUCGGCGAGGUUGUGAGCUAUCGAAUUUUUUCGCACCGGAGUCCAAUUAUAGAGGAGACGCGAAAGAACGCCAUUCUCCGCAUCCUGCAUGGUAUACAUGGGAAGUCGUUUCCGGCGAUUUUGGCAACACCGUCCUCCGCAUGCGUCAGCUUUUCUCGUUGUAGCACACCACGAGGAGUGUUUACCACCACAACCACCUCCUACUCCGCCCACACACAAGCUUUCAUGUCAUCACUUGCAAGUGUCACUCCAUUAUACUCUCAUCGAAAUUCUGGGUUGGAUAUACCACGUUUGCGUUUUGCGGCGGGCGCAGCAAGGCGGAGCGCGGUGGAUUUGCCACGAAGUGCUCCUCCACAGUACGGAAGUACGAUGACACCUCCGUGGACACAACACGAAGGGGCUUCAGCAGGAUCAAAUGCAAGCUCCACACGGACACCACGAGCCUUUGCAACCCCGCCAAUUUUUCCUGUUAUUUCCAGCUUACGUUUAAACGAGGCAUUGAAUGGGAGAGCCACCGCCGAGGUGAACACUGAGGGCGAUGAAAUUCGCAUGACAGAGGAACGAAUGCAGAAGCUGAAGGCUGCAGCACCGGAGGCUACUGAGGUACUCCCAUGGUUAUUUGUAGGUGGGGAGGAGGCCGCGGGGGAUCGUGGUCAACUUCUCUCAAAGGGUAUUACCAAUAUUGUCAACACCGUCGCAUUUUCUGUAGGAAACGUUCACAGUGAUGUCUUUCAGUACCUUGGACUUUACUUGAGUGACUCCCCGGAUGAACCUAUUUUUUCACUUUUCCCAAUUGUGAUCCGCUUUGUGGAAGAGACACGGUUGAAGGGAGGCAAGACGUUUAUUCACUGUCAUCAAGGCGUAUCCCGCUCCUGUUCCUUUGUUAUUGCCUACGUCAUGUGGCAUCAGGGUCUCUGCUAUGAUCGAGCAUUUGAGUUUGUGCGUGCAAGGCGCAACGUGUGUAGCCCCAACACUGGAUUUUAUGUGAAUUUGCUUCUAUGGGAGAAGCAAAUGGUCGCCCCCAUUUUUAACAAGGUUUACGCAUACGUCCCCUACACGGAAUACAUGUUCCCCUUCUCGUUUCGUCUGGCCCUCACGUUUCGUCCUCACGAGAACACGCACAACAAUGACGACGACUCACACGUCGUUAAUUUUCUUGCGCGUGUGGUCCAUCACACUGACGAGAGUUACACGAUGGACCCAAGACUGAGUUACGGCAUUUUGUUGGGGGAACGUCUCCCACAAAGUGGAAGCCCUGUGACGCCCAUCUUCUCCUACUUUUUUGCAGGCUCGGACUGUAACGCUAUUGUGCAGCAGGAGGCCAAGGAGGACUGGAACGCAUUUCUCAGAUACAACUUUUACCAGGGACAGAGGAGGCGAAGCACCAACAACAAGGGCGAGAUUGUCACGUAUGCGCCAAUACCGCCGAUUGGGCAAGCAACAGAAUGUUUGCAGAGUAUUCAGGAUGUUGAGGACGUCAUUCAGGAACAAGUGUUUAACCGAAAGUGUGCGGCAUCCAGUGGAGUAAGAUUUCCAAGGCUAGUGCUGGCGCAGAUUGAGUGCUGGGACAAACUGCUUGCCCACGAGAAUAUGAUGGAUCGCCUUUCAAAUCAUCUUUCGGAGCAGCAGCAUGUGAAAGUAACAUCUCUGAAACGUAAGCGCAUACGGGAGGAGGAGCGACGAUGUCUGUCUAACGUACUGCCUGCUGGUGGCACACCACGGAUUUCAUCUAAUAAAAGUGCUGGUGCAAGAAGUAACACCAUGGCAACCCCUACUGCACCUACAUCUGCUGUUGUUGCAGGCGCUGCUGCUGUGGAUUCGGCGUCGUCGGCGACGCCACUGUCUACACCACCAUUAGUAACAACCACAACAACAAAAUCAGCAGCCACAGAUGGGAGGGCCGCCGUGUCACAUGUAAGGACAUACUCAGCACCUCAUACCGCACGCUCCAAACCGUUGGGCGGUGAGGUGGAGAUUUACGCCUACCCUUUUACUGAUUCUCCGCUGACAAACAUAUUAGACAUUGCCGAUAUGGAGCCGGAUGGCUGCUACGUGGUUCUCGUCCCUGCCAAUGCUGCCGCCGCCACGGCGUUAGGGCACCACCACGUGUUUUUGUGGUUUGGGUGCAACUCUAGCGUUACUGAGACGGAGGCAUGGGAAGCGUACGAGCGAUCGCUGAAGAUAGACAAGGGCGUUCGUCUGUGGAAUGAGACAGUGUUGGAGAGUCCGUUGGAGGAGGUGGUUCGUGAUGGUGAGGAGCCAGACGACCUCAUUUUGGCGCUUGAAUGA